AUGAAGGGUACAAUCGCAUCUCUCAUAUUGGUCGCUCUCGAGCUUACACUUUGUCUGGUUUCAUCACGUUGGCGCACGGUUGAUGUGACGGAUUCGGAAAUAUGUUUCAAGAAUAUUUUCACAAGAUUCAAUACAUCGCCAGUGGAACAUCAAGCAUUGAAUGUAGGCCCAAUUUUUGCAUCGCGUAUCAGCAAAAUGGACGGCACUCCAGAGCAUUUUACAUCGGAACAUACACGAUUUGAAACAUCUUUACUCAUUGCUGGUAUUGUGGUGAUUAUUGUUUCGGCUAUUACUUUAUCAUUUGUGGAAUUCUGCUCAAACAAAACUAUUUUCAAUCGAUAUCGUGUUUGGUUACAUUUGGUCAAUGUUAUCUUCUUGACAAUUAGUUUGAUCAUUCUAAUUGUUGGAUUUUACUCGUUGCAACAUCGUUUAAAACAACCAUUGAACGGCGCUGGUGCAUUUGGAUUUUUUGUUGGAAUCCUGUUUAUUGUUAUGUUAGGUACUCACUCGGCUAUUGCAUUUAUUACCCAAUACCGAAACACAUGGGAACCAAACGUUGAAAAAGUCAUGAUGUAG